AUGUUUCCGCAACCCCUGCCAUUUUCUCAUGCACUAAAAGUGCUGGUGAAAGCUCCGAUUGCGAACAGACAAUCCGGUCGGUCGCGUCUCAAUUUGUGGUACAGAAUGGCCAGCACAAACGCCAAUGUCUGGGGUCUGCAGGACCCAUCAUUGAUUAAGUAUCAAUCUUAUAUCGAUGGGAAGUGGGUGAGUGCAAAGGAGGGUGGAACCAUUCUUGUUACCAAUCCUGCGACAGAUGAAGAGCUCGGCACUGUUCCAGAGAUGGGCCUUGAGGAGACCAAGUCUGCCAUUGCAGCUGCUGGAAAUGCCUUUGCAUCAUGGGGCAAAACUACGGCCAGACACCGUCAUGACAUUCUGAUGAAAUUCUAUAAUCUAAUGCGAGAACACAAUGAUGACUUGGCCAGGAUUAUCACAUUAGAGAAUGGCAAGACUUUGAUGGAGGCAAAGGGCGAGAAUGCCUACAGUGCAUCCUUCAUGGAGUGGUAUGCUGAAGAGGCUGUUCGAACCUACGGAGAAUACGUACCUUCGCCGUUCCCUGACAUUCGGAACGUCGUGAUUAAGCAACCCGUUGGUGUUGUCUCUAUUCUCACCCCAUGGAACUUCCCUUCUGCUAUGAUCACGCGAAAAUUGGGUGCCGCACUCGCAGCAGGUUGCACGGCAGUCAUAAAACCUCCACCUGAAACACCCUUUUCGGCUCUUGCGCUAGCUGAGCUAUCUCGUCGCGCAGGUGUCCCAGACGGUGUCAUCAACAUUGUUACGACUCAAAAGAACGUCAUUGAGGUCGGCCGCGAGAUGUGCGAAAACAAAAUAGUCAGGAAGGUAUCGUUCACCGGAUCAACACCCGUCGCUAAGAGCUUGUAUGGCAUGGCUGCCUCCACACUCAAGAAAGUUUCUAUCGAAGCUGGCGGGAAUGCGCCUUUCAUUGUCUUUGAUGACGCUGAUAUCGACAAGGCCGUCGAAGGGGCAAUCGCAUGUAAAUUCCGCGGUUCAGGACAAACCUGCGUCUGUGCAAACCGUAUCUACGUUCAGUCUUCAGUCUACGCUGAUUUUGCUUCCAAACUCGCCGAGAAAGUGACUGCGUUUAAAGUCGGAAAUGGCCUGGAUGAAACAACGACACAUGGUCCUCUCAUUCACGAGAAAGCAAUAUCGAAGGUUACACGACAUGUGGAAGACGCAGUAUCUCGUGGUGCCCAAGUAUUGAUUGGUGGUAAACGUGUCGAUGGAGCCGGAACUUUCUUUGCGCCUACUGUCCUUUCUGAGGUUCCCGCUGGAGCACUCUUCAAUGUUGAAGAAACUUUCGGGCCUGUUGCGGCUCUGACGAAGUUCGAGACAGAAGCGGAGGUGAUCGCCCUAGCAAACGACGCGGACGUGGGUCUUGCUGGAUAUUUCUUCAGUCGGGAUAUUGGGCGUGUAUGGAGAGUUGCAGAGGCGCUUGAGGUUGGUAUGGUUGGCACCAACACCGGGUUGAUCAGUCAUGCUACUAUUCCUUUCGGUGGUGUGAAAGAGAGUGGCCUUGGGCGGGAGGGAGGUCACGGUAUUACGGAGUACAUGAAUCAGAAGCUCAUUACUUUCGGCGGACUCUGA